GACCCCUCGACGCUCGGCCGUUAAUCUGGAGAGGACCCAUCCGGGGCCUGAGCUCUUUCCGCCGGGUUUGGAGCACUUUUGAAGACGGGCGGAAAGUGGGUGAUGAGUCCUAGCCUGUAAAAAGAAGCGAGAACUUGCUCUUUGCAGCCUGAGUAGUUCUUCUUUCAAUUGUUAUUGUCGCUUUAAAAAAAUCUUUAAUUCACUUAAACUUCGUGUCGGCCGCGUCGAAAGUGGGAGAAAAGUGCUUUUCUGGUCGGAACAUGGAACUACAAGGCCUGCAAGAGGCGUUGAAAGUAGAAAUCCAAUGUCAUCAGGAUGGAGAGCUUAAGAGACAGCUGCACGACAGGAGAAUAACAGCCCUGAGCGAUAAACAAAAUCAGACGUUGUGCAAAGGCCUCAAUGAACUUCAAAAUGGACAGAAGCUGGCAGUCAGAAGUUGUCCUGUAGGGUCGACUAAGCCGCUGUCUCUCAUCAAGCCUCCCAGCCAGGGUAUUGCCAUCUCCGUGGUGCCGGCCAAGGCUCCCGUUUCCAUGGUGACCGCACACAUUAACGGACAGAAGGCGGCGAGCUCGGAGCCGCUGCAGACAUCCCCCAUCAACCUCCAGACGGGCGGCAGGGUGGCGGCCGCUGGAGUCCACCCGUUCAGCAGCAGGAGAGCCGGAGAGCUGCCUCCCUCUCAGAUGCUGGGAACUCUCACAGCUGUGCCCAUCAAGGUGCCUCAAGUCAGCUCCCUGCACCGGCUGGCAGGACAAGCAGCCACUGUGCUACCUCAGGUCAGGCCAAAGACCCAGAUCCCCGACAGCCUCCCCCACAGUCCCUGUCAGGAGCUGCAGCCUCUCAGCCUGCAGAGGGCCACCGCCGUGGUCAGUCCCAAGAGCCAGGGCCCCACCCUGCCCACCGCCAACAGCACCUUCAGCCCCGACCACCAGCCCAAAGGCCAGAGCGACGCCUCGUCGCCCCCGGCCCCGCCACACGGCCCGUCGGGAGCCCCAGACUCUGGUGGCCCCGCUCAGCACGCCUCUGCGGGGCCUGGCGUGGCGUACGCCAUCAUCGCUGCCUCCCCCGCCACCGGCAACGGGGUGUCAGCCGUCAGCGAGGCCGUCAAGGUGCAGCCACUGCUCUUCAGCGCUGACAACAAGGUGAUAAUAAUCCAGCCACAGGCCCCCAGCAGCACUGAGGGGUCCCCAGGGGCCCAGGCUGACCUCCCGUCACAGGAGGCCCCACCCGCUCCUAAGUCCCCCUCCCAGAAGAAAGACGAGGACCCCGAGAAAAUCGCCUUCAUGGUCGCCCUCGGCCUCGUCACCACAGAACACCUGGAGGAAAUCCAGACGAAGCGACAGGAGAGGAAGAGACGAAGCACAGCCAACCCAGCCUACAGCGGCCUCUUUGAACCAGAGCGUAAACGUCUGGCGUCACAUUACCUGAACAGCUCGCUCUUCCUUUCAGCACGAGACUCUGAGGAUUUCUGCUGGAAGGAGGACUUGGAGCAUGACGACCACUGUGCCGUCUGUAAGGAGGACGGCGAGCUGCAGCCCUGCCACAACUGCCCCAGAGCCUUCCACCCCAACUGCCUCCACCCGCCACUCAAAACCCCACCCAGAGGACCCUGGUACUGCCCCAAGUGCCAGAAGAAGGUUCUGAACAAAGAAAACAUGUCGUGGCCACAGAACUUUGUUCAGUCCUACGUUACACACAAGACAGUGAGGCAGGAGGAGAAGCGACGGCUGCUGAGACGAAACAACGAGCUGAAGAAAGAGUGCACUCACCUGGAAGAACAAGACAAGAAGCUCAACGACACACUCAAACAGUGUAUGGACCUGAGAGAGAGACUGUUGGGGCAGCAGAGAGACACUCAGGCCUCGCUCGAACGCCUCAAAGCUCUCAUCAGGUUGAUCCAACGCGACCAGCUCAUCCAGGUCACCAUGACGACCACCGCCACCAUCGCCGCCGCCUCACUGCUCUCCCAGUCCUGGAUCAAACCCACCAGCACCGCCGCCGCCGCUGUUGUUGCCGCCGCCGCUGCCACCGCCGCCGCCCCUGGCCCCUCGGCCACGCCCCUGCAGCAGAAGAGCCACACCCACAGCCAGGAUGACACCAACAACUAGCCCCGCCCGCUCCCAGGUGCUCCGACUUUUUACCUGAACGUCGAGGGCGGUGAUGAUUUCCUUUUUUUUGUCUGAAUAAUAUCUUAACCAUCUUUUCUUCUCCGAGAGCUGAAAAAAGCCACAAAAACUGAGAAAAAAGAGCCUCUAUCCUCCACGAUUCAAGUAUUUUUUAAAAACCCAACACCUACAGUGCUUACGAGAUUUCUUUUUUUAAGUUAUUUUCUAUUUAUUAAUGUUCUUGGCCUUAAUGUAUUUAUUACAAAAAGUUAGAUUACAGUGCCGCCGCGGGAACACAACAGGAGUUCCUGCGUGCGGCCCAAAAGAUAUUUCCCUUUUUUAAACACAGGUAUAAUUAUUGUUCUGCAUAUAGUGAGAGAGAACAGUAGAGUUAGUCGUAGUUACAGAAAACAAAGGAUCGAUGGAAGUGAAAGGACUGUAUAUUGAUAUAUCUGAGUAGAUGUUUGUUCUCAUUCUCCUAUGAACAAUGUUUUUUGCCAUAAUAAUUCAGGAAAAUGUUUUCAUCGUGUAUGUAAACGCAUACGAGCCUUCAAACAAAAACAGAGAAUAACUUUUUUUCAGUAUUAAUAGAGUUAAAGUCAAAGAAAAAAGUAUUUAAGAUAAAACUACAGAAAUUAGCAUUUCUAGUGGAGAUUUUAGUAUUUUCAUGCUGAUGCCUGUUGAUAAAUGUAAGUUUGGAGUAUUCAAGGGGAUCACUGUACAUAUGUUGUAUUAUUAUUAUUAUUACUAUUAUUAUCAUCGCAGGUUCUUUUGGUUUUUACUGAAGUCACACAUCUUAAAAACAAGGGUGAGUCUCUGUACGUUUAACUGUUUGUUUUCUGUUUCUCACCAACACAAACAAAAAGAUGACGCUAAACAUUACGAUGUUUCUUUUUAUUUUAUGAAGCUGCAGAAACGAACGUGGUCUGAAAAUGUAAAACAUUGCAUGAUAUCACGUUUGUCACAGAGAUAUGUAAAGCUGAACUUAAAAAUAAAAACGAAUUAUAGUGAUAAUAAAAACAGUUAAUAAUAUGGAUCCAAAGAAACUAAUUUGGAAAUUAAUUUUAUUGAAAUUUGGCUGCUGUAAGUGUUAAAGUGUUUUCUCUGCAAGGAUCCAAAAUAUUAGAAAAGGUAAACAAGUCAAAAGCAGUUUUAUAUAAUUCGGGAUACAGUUUCUGUAUGUAACUUUUCACACGUAUUGUUUUUUAAUGCCAGUGAGUGACCAAGGGCUGAAUUUACUGGGAAAAUCUGAAGGAUGUGACACUAUGCGCAUUGCUGAAUGUGUCUUGCCUCUUUUUAGCUCCGUUACAGUGCUAACAGAGUGCAAUAGUAGCUAACGUUAGCUAAGAAAUGGAGUCUGCUAACGACAGACACCCACUACAACGCACGAGUCCACAGGUGUUGUUUCCAUUGUAUAUCCCGUGAUGGCUUCACAGAGGUGAACUUUCAUUUAGCAUCCUGUUGCUACUCAAAGUUCGUCAGAGCAAGAUCGAGUGCCUAAGCACCAGGGGUCUGAUCCCGUGCUGCCUUGAAUCCCGCCGGUCAGCUAACUUUGUCUCGCUGCAGUUACAUGGAUUAGACCCCGCGCUGCUACCAGACAGCUGUGAAUCCAGCUAAGCUCUGAGCUGCUGCCCGCUCUCCUCCCAGGGAAUUAGUGUCCUAGUGGCGAGGCGUGAGGCUGUGCUAGCUAGCUAAUUCUUGUCUCAUUUGUCGUCUGAUAAACAGUAAAUCCAUUAAAUUCAGGGCCCCGUAUCAUAAUUCCAUCUCCUCCUCAUGCUAAAAAAUAAAUGCUAAAGUUAUAGGAAGCACUGACAAGUGAAAUGUUUUGCAAUAUUGUGGAUUUAGUUGGCUAUUGUUAGCUAAUGUUGCUUGCUUGCUAUCAUGGACAAAUUGCUAGCUAGCUAAUGUAGCAAAAUACUGUCUGUAGUGAUUAACAUCAUUUUAUUCAUUUAGACUCCAGGGCUGUUUAUGCUGGUAAAUUAAUGAUCUUGCCGUUAACAAAUUACCUAAUCAGCUAACGUUAUGCAGCAACCAAUUAAUACAACGUAGCUUAUUUACAGCUAGCUGGCUAACCUUAGCUUGCAUGCAUGCUAACAUCUUUGCUAGCAAAAUGCAAUCUGAGUGAAUGUUAGUUUGUUAGCUUGCCAAUUUGCUUCCCCAGCUAACGUGAUCCAUGAUACUAAUUUACGAAUUAUGACAAACUUUGUUGAUUUAGCUAACAACGGUACUUAAUGCUUUCUGCUAGCAUAGUGCGAUGCAGGGGUGUCAAAGGAGCUAACUGUAACCUGAGCUAAGGUUAGCUAGCUAGCUGUUAGUUGGUUACGCUACGUGGGUCUGCAGUUGGUUGCUUGUAACGUUAGCUAAUAAAGUCAUUUGCAAACAGUUAGCUACUUAGUAUCAUGGAGCCAAAAUUGCGAAUGAAAUAUAGAAACACUGCAGAUAGAAACGUUAUUCUAAAUAUGAUUUUUAUGUAUUUUCCUGCCUUCUGUCAACAUGAUGUCAUCAGUCUUUUGUUGUCACUGUUGCCCAGGUGUCUCUGGCGCUUACGGGCCUCAGAGGGAUUUACUGAAAGUUACAUACAGAACGUUUUAAUUUUGUAACCGUCAAUGUCAAAAAUGAAAUAAUUAAGUUGUGAUUGGGUCCAAAACAGGUUUCAGGUCACUUUUGUUUCUGCAUCUCAAUAACAUGACAUGACAGUAAUAUCCUUGGUGUGUUAAGAGUGACAGAAAACAAAGGGUUAAACAGAAGAAGGGACGAAAGUGUUGUUUGUUCACAGCUGCACUCGAACACGUCAGAGUCGAUGUGUGAUGCAUCCAUUCAGUCCCUUCCCCCUUUAAACCAGUAUAGAAAAUAUGCCAAAAACUUUUUUCUUUGUUUUUGUACUGGGAUCAUCAAUAAUGUCUAUAGUGCUUUCUUUUUUUCUCUCCCUGCCUAUUUUAUAUUUUAUUAUUGCAUUGGAGCUUUUUUUACUCUCGUGUUUUAUGAACGUUUUAACGGUGACGAGCCUGUUAAUCUGACAGAUGAACACUGCCUCAAGUACAAAUCGUUUCAAAUCCAGGGUUUUCGUCUUUGUUGCGUCAUUUUAUAGACACCAGUCAAUCAGAAAUGGGACAACUGUGUCAAACUGCAGCAACACUUUUUGACUGUCGGUGGACUCGGAGGACGGCGAUGGCGUCCUCCUGGUGUCUCAGUACAGAUGAGCUGAGAAUCGAACCAGGACGGCGACAUCCUGUCCUGCUCCGUCCGUUUGUCUCGCUAGUCUUCCUGCUGGUCCAGAAAGGUUCAGUUUAAGUGUUAAAACAUAGAUUUAGUCCAUUUUUUAAUUUAUUUAUCAAACUGUACUCACCACACAGUCGAGGUGCAGCUCUCUGCUGUUAAUGCACAAACAUGAACAAAUGGUUUAAAUGAUCCAGAGAGAAAAAAAAUGCCUUUAUCGAAAGAAAAGAGGGAAUUUGUGAAGUUUAAACAGAGAAGAAGUGGUUUUAUUUAAGUUUUAAUCAUAUCCAGGUCACCUGAGUUUGGUCUCUGACGUAUCCAAGAUACUGAAGACAUCCUUACUGAUGGAGAAGCAUCGUCUGUACGGCACAAAAAAUUUAAUAUAUACUGGUGCAUCUGUGGCAUCAGUGGCAGCGAGCAAGUCUGACUCACAGAGUAAAAGGAAAAGAGGAUAAAAGACGAGCAAUAUGGCAUCAGAACAGAUCCACAACAUGAUUUUACCCUCAAAAGAAACAUAUUUUAAUACUAUUGAAGAAAUACAAAAGGCCCCAGUGUGUAGACUUUUGUACGUCCGUGUACCUUUUUAUCCAAAGCAUUUUUCAUUUUAAUUCAGCCCUUAAAACAAGCAAAAAUCCAGCUUCAGUUUCUUGAGCCUUAAAAUUAAUAUUGUAAAACUUCAAUUAAAACAAUUUCAUGGUAAAUAAAUAAAUAAAUAUGGCCUAAUCAGCAACUUUUUGAUAAUUUUUUUUUUUUAAGUAGUUAAAUCUAAGAGAAAUUAAUUAAAACAGUUUCCCAUAGUCUGAGCUGAUAUCUUUCAAUAGUUAAAAAUUUGAGUUUACUAUGACAACAGAAAUGAAAUAUUCACAUUCGAGAGGCUGGAACCAGUGUCUGCUUGUUAUUCAGAAAAUACUUUGGAUUUAAAGGUACACAGAACUAAAAUACUUUUUCUAAAAUUACAAAUUGUGCAACUGUAAUCUGUGUUUUCACACAGCGAGCAGUGACGUCAAAUCACCAGACAAAUCGUUUUGUUUGUUCAGAAAACUGCUGAGAAACUUUUUUUGUUGCUGUAUUUCAGAAGCGAUCGUAGUCUUUGUGUCCGAACACGGUGAACUCGAUUUGUACGCAGUGUGAAAACACAGUACACAAAGUUCUGUUCCCGCUGUCACUCAACACUGAGCCAAAUGCACACGUUAUGUUUUAAAUCAUAUUUAUAUAAUGCGCUUUAUCAGAAUACAGAGCCUGGUCAGUGUGAGGAGGGAAGCUUUCUGAAUGUCCCCUCAAAGUACUGAUUUAGUUUCCAUAGAUGUUCCCUCAGAGCUUUUCGCAGCAGAGUUGAGCUGCCUCGCCUGAAAUGAAGAAACCCUGUUUGCUUUUAUCCUCAAAAAAGAAUAAAAUAAGCAUUUAUGAAAUAAAACAUUUACCAUGAGAGGGAAAAGAGCAGAAAUUGUAUCUCACACAGCAAAUGACAAAAGUGUGCCAUGAACUUGCAGACUGUUACAAGAUGAGGCGCGUCAUGAUCUGGGGCGGGCUGACCGCCUCCAAUUAAUAUUUUCCCCAAGGAAAAAACUGAAGUCAGAAAGUAAAAAAAAUGUUCAGUUCUUUACGCUUAAUUCAACUAUUGGAUUUAUUCAGUGGUAACAAGUAAACAAGUAAUUUUUUAUGAUGUCAGCAGAGGUGGUCUUUAUUUCAGGCGAGGCAGGCUGCCUCCAUUUAAAAACGCAACAUAUUGACAGGAUCAUUUUUACAACGUAAAAGCUUUAAACAGUCCAACAGGUUUUAUCAAGUUUGUAUAAAGUUAGCAUCAACUUUGGAGCUUUUAACGACUCAAAAAGAAUUAAACUGAGCACGCACCAAACACCCUGAUGAAAGUGUUUACCCGAGGCAGUCAGCCACCUAAAUCCCGACGCAUCUCAUAUCAUGAUCACUUAGUAGCACUCAGUGUUUAGUGUGGCAUUUUCUGCAUCAAAGAUUAACCAAAAGAAUAUUUUGUGUCAUUAAAGAUUUUUUCUGAUGUUAGCAGAGGUGGUCUUUAUUUCAGGCGAGGCAGGCUGCCUCCAUUUAAAAACACUGCGGGGAAAACACCAUAUUUUUUUUACAACGUAAGAGCUUUUAAGGAUCCAACAGAUUUUACCAAGUUCAUAAAAAGUUAGUAUCAAAAUUUUGAAUCUUUUAACGACUCAAAAGAAUUAAACUGAGCACACAACUCACCUUAAUCAGCAGAGGAAACAUUCACCCGACACUCUCCAGGCUCUGUAUCUGUGCGAUAAACAGCAGAUAUGCAUUAACAUUGUACCUGACUUGCCUUUAUAACUGAAUAAAUCAUGAUCAGUGUGGAGACGUGAAAUCUCUCAGAAUGUACCAUGUGAUGCAUAUCGAGUCCUCACCUGAGAGCUGCAGGACUGUGACCAGACUCCAAGAUGGAAACCAUAUCAGUGCUUCAUGCCGCGUCGAUACUCCGCCCUUCAAACCCUAAGAAAAUGUUUAAAAAGAAUUAAAAAAAAAAAAAAACAAACAAAAGCAUCCACCAUCCCCAAACCUCCUCAUCCGUUUCUAGAAAUCUUCUCCGGGAGAAACUGUGCAGUGCUUAAACAGAUCUAUUUUAAUACACGACACAACAUUUGAACAAAUAAGAAAAAAAAGUUAGAACAUUUUUAUAUUCUUUUAUCAAGGAGCAAAAAAAGAGAAAAGAAAACAGAACAUUGGAUUUUCUAUUGUUUGCCAGUUCUGCAUUCUGACUUCUAGCUUGCAACGUUCGAUGUAUUAUUUUGCCAUGAGGAGGCGACGAGGUGAUGAUGACGACACGUUUAGAUGGAAAUUAAAAUGUCUGUUGGCUGUUGAAGUAGAAGUUUUUUCUUUGUCAUUAAUAAGGGGACUGUCCAGUGGAUAGUGUGUAUAGGAAAGUGUUUGUCUUAAAUAUGCCAAUGUAGUUUUUUCUUCUUUAUGAUGCAUUAAAAAGUUGGUUGAUGGAAGUUGGUAAAUGAUUAAAGAGUAGUCUCACUUUUUUGUACCAAGUUCUUACGAAAAAUGGAAUCAUUAAUAAACAAAAUUCAAGAACAAA